UUUGACAAAUGGGGAUAAUGGAUCAUAAUAUGGAGAUCAUAUGUAAUGUUCGUAAGGAAAAGUGCAACUGAACUUUAAAAGGUGUUAAGCCAGUGAGGAUCUAUUAUCAGUUUUGAUUCCUUGUUUUCAAACUAAUGGGAAAAUGGCAUCAAGUGUCCAUCCGCGUCUGCUAAAUCUUUCCAAUAAUGAGGUUAUCCAAAUCACAACAGAAAAGAUUUUGGUUGGACGAAGUUUGAAAGCAGACUACGUUAUCUCUGGGCAAGCUAUUUCACGGAUACAUUUUUCGAUCGAAAAAGCCAAUGGAGUAUGGGCAAUACACGAUCAUAGUACCAACGGAACUUGCGUCAACAACACAGUCAUAAAAUCAAGAUCUAAAACUUUGAAAACAGGGGACAUGAUUCGUUUCGUCGAAGGUUCCGUCUCCCUGAAAUUCGAACUCCCCUCCAAUCCCUCCCCCACAACCAACAGUGAACCAAAUCCAGAUUUCAUUGUUUCUGUAACAAACGGAGACGAUGUACCUAGUGUAUCAAAUGAUCACAGUUAUGAAAGAAGGGAAGAAUUGAGACCAGAACCUGAAAUUGUGGUCGAUCUCACAUCUCCAGAAGGCUCCCCUGGUACUUCAGGCGCCCCCAAAGCCGCCAAAAGAAGUUUGCCGGCUGGGGACGAAGAGGUUCCCUCGAAAAAGAACAAGUUAUUGGAUGAAUCUCUGGAUCAGUCGAAAAUUCAGUGCGUGUUGGAGUCUUCGGACUUGGAAUGUAGUAUAUGUCAGGAACUGUUUAUCAAGGCUGCCACGCUGAAUUGUUCCCAUAGUUUCUGCAGUUCGUGCAUACACAGGUGGAAGAAUCAGAGGAACCAUUGCCCUAUUUGCAGGAGACCUAUCGAGAGUGUAAACCCCUCCAUGAUAUUGGAUAAUAUUGUUAAGAAGCUCGAAGGGGUUAUGGACAUAAAAAGCAGGGAACGAAGGGAAAUUUCAAUCAAAGAGAGGACCGAAGCCGAAAACACUUCACCUCAGUGUAACUACGAGAGAUACAGGCAAAGGUUCUUUCAGAGCAUGGAAUUGCCGUUUCUGGGAUUCCUGCUGCAAGAUUUAGCUUAAAACACUAGUUAUUAGAUAUAAAUUCAAUCAUUGCAUUGGAAUUUUAAACCCCCCCUUCCCUAAAUCCAUAAAUAUAUUAUAUACCCGAAAAAAAUUAUUUUGAAUUAUGUCUAAUCUUAUUUCUAUUGUGUUAUUGCAUGUGUAAAUAAUGUUUAAUUUAUCCUGAAUCGAGAAAUUUAAGUGUCUUCGAUUACAAUUAUAUUUUGCAGACAUUAUAUUGUAUAUGCAACUAUU